AUGAUCUGGCGAACUUCACACUCCAUUUUCAUUUUAUGUGUUUUGGCCUUAAAUUUAGUUCGCGCGUCCAUAAAAUACAAUCAGCGGACCUUCCUGGCAGUCAAGUGAGUGUUUUAUGUGAAUCCUGAACAAUGAUUUCUAGAAAACAAUAAGUUUCCUCCGUUUCAGAGCAGUUCACUUAAUCGACCCAACCAAAAAUGGAUUCAGAAUCCUUUUAAAGGACGAAUUUUUAAAGGAACACCUAUCGCCAACAUUACUACCAACCUUAUAUGUCAGUGCCAUACCCUUGAAAGCAGACGAGGAUACUGUAAACAAGGUGUUCUACCCAGAUAACCUUAACGAAGACAAACAAGUAACUUUAGAAGGCCUGAACGAGAGAGCAUGGUACUACUUGUGUGUCGAAUGGGAGAACUUCAACAGACACAACGAGACUACUGGAACCGACUGUAGGAUUCACAGGACAUUAGAUCGAUUUGGAAAGUCAGCAGAAUCCACGUUGGACGACAUUGGAGCAGCUGACAUUUCAGCACAGAUGUUUGUAUUCAAAGUCAGAAGCUCGGCCGACUUUCCUCUGCGGUGGGUUUUUUUUGUAAUUCACAGUAUAUAAAUGUCAAAUUGAUUGAUAAUAUAACCAAUAUUAGUGACAUAUUACUAUAUGUGUAACAUACAAUCUUGUUGUAGGUUGACAGCGUUCCUCCAAGGAGGAGAGAUGUCUUCUCCACCAGCUCAAGUCUUCCAGGUGACAAAGCCAACAGAAGUCGAAGUUGUAUUUCCAUUUCUGAAGCAAGACCGAGAUUACGGUAGACUUUGCUUCAUGGAGGAACCACUGGUGACCGGCUUCACAGCCAUGGGACGCCAAAUCUCUGGCCUUACCAUCACACGCUGCUACUUUAGUAGGUUAACAGUGUUAAUUACUAAUAUAACAAUAAUAUUUUCUUCUCAACUAAGCUAAUAAUCGUUCCAGAGAAUCUAAAAACGAAGGACUACGAAUUGUCCAUCUCCGUAUCUGAGGCCAGCCCAUACGUUAGGAAUAGCGCUGCAUCUACUACAACAUCAACUCUGAUAGCAUUGAUACUACUUCUACUCGUGAGGUCUUGA